CAGAAACGUUUGGGUUGAAUCGCUCUCGCACCGCACACCCAUCCACCCCCGGAUUCCACUUCUCUGCAUCCCAUCCACCUGUCCCGACCCCCUUCUCACUCUGCUUUUCUCCACCCUCUGUUCACCGCCGGAUCUAGAGGAGAGAUGAAUGGCGGCGCCGGCGAUGACGAGGAGGAGCCGCGGCACGGAGGAGCGUGCGCGGUGGGGAGGAGCUGUGGCGGGGAGUGGAAUGGCGGCGGGGAGGAGCCGCAGCGGAUUGCCGGGGAAUGCGGCGAGGAGAAUCCCUCGGCGCUCGGCGGAUGCAGGGUACGGGUAGAGGUGGCGCGGCGGAGCAGGGCGCCACCAGCCUCCAAAGCACCGGUGGUGGUGGACGCCGGCGCGGGCAUGCUGCCCUGGCUAUCAUUUCCGCAGGGUAAGGAUGCCGAGCGACGGUGGUGGUAGCCGCCGACGCAGGCCUGCUGCCCCUGGCGACCCUCGCCGCCUUCCUCUGCUCAGAGCCAACGAUGGUAGUUUUGUAGCGCACCUCCGCAAAGGUCCUGACCCGCAAUCGCUAUCUUCCUCCGCCCACGCGACAACACAGUGGGGUUUCUCUGGUGAUCUCAAGUCCGCCGCCGCAGAAGCAGCUGUAGCACAAGCUCACCGAGGUCUUCGACGCGAGGCAGUUGACCCUCAGCUCCAACAGCGACAGCAACGCUAUGAAGUGAUUUUCAUCACAGCUAGGUUGCAGGAACUUUUUGUGGUUGAUGUGAUGCUAAUUGAUCAGUUUUCAUGGCCGAGUGCUGGCUCCUCACCCGUGCCGCCACAACAGCAGUCGAGACCGCCUCCAUCUGUGUUGUACCCAUCAUCGUCGAGCUGCUCGUCCGCACUGCCAUCACAUGUCGCCGCUGUGGGCUCCUCGGAUCCCCUCGAUGUUAUUACUUCACCUCCGAUGUGGGACUGGCCGUCGUUCUCUCCUACGAUGUACGUGGCGGCGUCACCCAAUUUGGAGUCACAACAAAAGGCUUGGGAAUGGAGCUGCACGAGGAGCGUUUGGGCCAUGGAGGUUUAAGAGGGGUACGAGGGGCGUUCGGGCCAGGGAGCUUCUCGUGCCGAAUGAACUCGUUCGGUCAAUGCUCUCCUAGACCGCGCGUACGGUGGUUAUCAGUGUCCAAAAAAAGUUCAUCGCAUCCGGAACACAAACAGGUAAGACAUGAAAACAUGCCUUAUACAAAUUAUUCAAGCAACCAUACCUAGCUAGUCUAUGAACAGCAAAGUUUGCCGAGGGUCGCGCUCAAGCAUCGCGGACUCCUCCCGAGCAUGGAACAAACUCUUGAUCUCUUCAACAAUCGAUAUGAAGAUGGACCUAUCCUUCUCUUGAUCACAUAAUUUCGACGCCACCGCGUUGGAGUCAGUUUCCAGCACAAGCUUAUGGAUACCAAUCUCGUUGGCAACUUGGGUAGUACAUUGGCAAAUGAAAAGCCCAG